UUUGAGAUCGCUUUACCAGUUGAUUUCGAGACUUGCGUGCAGGCGGACGUGUGCGGAUUGAUGUGGUGCUCGGGUCCAGAGAGUGGUGCGACAAAACAACAAAAACACACACGCAGUUACCCGAACUGAGCAAUGUGUUUGUAGUAACAUUGUUGUUUUUUACUUUAAGCUGCUCUGCGACAGCAAUGAUGAAAUAAGAAACGCCAUUCGUAUUCGAGACGGUCGACGUGAUGAUGAGAAUGUGCAUAAAAUUAAAACACGUCGAAAUCAUUUUACAGAACUUAUUGAAAGCGGGCCAAGUGAGAGUGUGCGUUCAAAAGUGUUUUUGGUCGUGACAUCGUGUAGUGCUUCGCCUAUUUCUCUUUCCAACUUUAUCGGCAAUUGAGCUGACCUAACCCGUGAGUGUGUGCCACUUGAGGAAGUUAAAGUUCGCUGAGUAAUUUUAAAUAAAAAAUUGGAAGCCGUAACCAAAAAUGUCGCUUGCUACGUUUAUGUCUCACUAAUUUCAAAUACACAAACAUACAUUCAUAUGCAAUAUACGGAACGAGAGGAAAACGUCCUAUUCGAUCUUAAACCAGCCUUGAGGAGAAACUUCCAAAUGGUUACAAAUAUGGCAAGCAGCGACAAUUGCAUGUGUCGCAGCAGCCACCCCAUUCCCACCAAUAGCGAAAACAAUGGCUCCAAGUAUACCAAAAAAGCAACCAAAAUGUACGGUCAUGCGAAGAGCAGAUACAGACCUUACUCCCACAACAAACGCCCAACCGAAUUUAUGUUAAGGCUGAUAGUCGGUAUUUGGUGUUUAUUCAGCUGUGUUACCCCUAUACCGGGUGCUGCGGUCUACACAAGUACGCCGACAAGACCAGAUGUCGACUUUCGAUCGAACCCAUCAUUUGAGCCCAUUUGCAAACAACAGCGGGAGCACUUUAUAGAGAGCGACGGCAAGGAAUCUAGUCUCAUUUUGGAAUUUAAUAAAGCCGAUUUAAGUUUCAAUGAACGGUCCUGUACGAGGAUAUUGAGCGCCCCUCCCAACUAUAGCUUUAUCAUUAGACUAAUUUUACCAAAACUCUGGCAUGCGUCUCAUUAUAACAGCAACAGCCAUGGGCAUCGUGCAACGCCCACCCAAGAGCUAGUACAAGGACGGCAUGAAAGGGCUGCUGCCAAUAAUGAUGCCGGAACAUCGAAUGCCACCGCAUCACUGAAAAUUGGCCGUCGUUGUCCUUUGAGCAUUUUUAGUUCCCAUGAUCCUCAUACACCGCAAUGGCGCGUUGAUCCGUGCCAAUUGGAGGACACGGCGCCGGAAAUGGAGGACCCUGUGCGUUUAUUACAUGGCCGAGUCCGCAUUGUCUGGGAACACCGAAAUCAAACGCUAAAUAGCAAACUUAUGGUUACCGUUCUGGGGAAGGGGGUUCAAUGCAGAAGUGAAAACAAGCACCAGUGCCUUAAGAUCGGGGAUGAACCGAUUUUGUGUAUUUCCAAAGAUUUAAUUUGCGAUGGCAUACGUCAUUGUCCAUACAGCAACGAACAUGAUAGUGACGAAGAUUACGCCAUGUGCUGGAAACGUAGUCGACUGGGCGAACCGGUGCCACCGGCGAUGGACUCGGAUAUUUUCGAGCACCUCGCCCUGGAGGUAUUUCGUAAUCUGUUUGCGUUUGAUGUGCCCUCAGUGGCAAAGGCAACAGCCACAAUGCCGUUGAAAGGUGUCAAUAGUGUCGUGGACCAAAACAUAUCAGCCGAUGCCGAUGGCGAUGACGAUGAAAAGCCUGAUGGAGUUUUAGUAGCAGUAGAUGAGAAUAAAAAUAGCACCCACAAGAUUUCAACACCUGAUACAGUCAACGACACUGCAGGCGGCCAUCAUCACCGGCGAAAUGGCACGAGAACAGGAUUGAACUCUGACCUUUCGAAAUAUGGACCCUGGGGCUAUUUGAUGCUAGGAAUGUUAUUGUGCGGCGGAGCCCUUCUAAUCUGCGGUUUAUGGGUCUGCUGUUGCCGCUUUAACUAUCACAUUGAAACCAUUCGUUCACUUUCAGCAUCCGCGUCGCAGCACGCAGCCAACAAUGAACGGGAAUCGGCUUUGCAAAAUGCGAAUGCAGCUAAUAUCGCAGCUGGGCUGGUAAACGACAGUCUCUCCACCCCGGCCGCACCACCCAACUACGAAGAAUUGGAUCCUCCGCCGGCGUAUUCGGUAUUGUUUCCCCAUCAGAAAGCAGCAUCCAGCAACACCCUCAAUUCUCUGGAUGUCCACGCCUCCGUGUCUGCGCAUCAGCAACUAUCUCCCUCAGCAGCACCCAGUAGUAGAUCUACGACGCGGACAGAUACAGAGGUGACUGCCUCCAGCAACGCCAACAUCGCUCAUAACGACUGAAGCGAACAUCAAGUACGUCCUCCGUCCACGUAGGUCGGUGGCAUUGCAGUCAACAUGCACACGGUCACUCAUAAAUCCACUUUGACUGGUGGAGCAGGUAUAUAUUGACUAAACAACGCCGUUCCGCAUGGUAUUUUGGCCAGUCCGGUCCCUGGGUGGUUCAACCCUUGCGUUGCGAAAGGACCAAAGUCCCCUUUUGUGGUUAUGUACUUUGCUCCAUUCUCCUCCCUCGUUCAAAUUCAUGGUCUGCGGUUUUCGAAGUUAUUGUUUUUAAGGACUGACUUAAAAUUACUAUUUUUAUACAAACGUAGGCAUACAUACAUAUAUUAUUAACCAACGAAAUGUUUAGAUAUAAGGGAAUAACUUGUUUUCGUUUUAAGAUUGUCUAUUGAAUGCUGCAUUUAGAGACCAAAAAAAAAAAAAAAAAAGAAACAAAAAAAAAAAAACUGCAAUAAAUUUAAGAAUUAGAAGAACAUUUUUAUAAUUUAUUGUAAAACUAGUGGCAGCUGUGUGUGUUGGGUGCCACCGCGAUUCUACUCGAUUUGAAACCCUUUGCCUUGUGGCGACACAAGGUGAUGAACUGCAAAUAAAAAGAGUUUUUCAAACGUUUUUCAUGCAAACUAUGAGAUUUUUCGCAUACGAUUUCAGAUGUCGAAGCACAUUUGCUAUAAUUUUAAAACUUCAAAAGAAAAGGAGGACAAUUUAUUCGAACCACUACUGUUCGUUUACGCAAAAGCUCAGCCAAAGUGGACGGAUCGCGACAAUUUUUCAUACAUGUUCUGUUUUAAUCAGCUGUUCAAUGAUAAAAUCUUACAUGUUUGAAAACACUUCGAGCAAUGAGAUUGGAUUGGUUUAACUUAUAUGCACUUUUGAAGCAUGCUACGUUCAAAUAUGUCAAAAAGAAAAAAAAAACUAGCAUAUAAUUAUGAAAAAUUGUGGGCAUUGCCAAGCAAUGGACACAUCCGGACGCGCAGAUGUAUUGAAAACGAUAGACAAGCAUAUUUGGUCUUCAGACUUCCACGUAGUUGUAGUUGUAUAAUUGUUAACUCUUAACGUAUGGUAAUGUGAUAUAAUGUAAAAGAAAUAAAACAACCGAAAUAUGUAGAAA